AUGACUCAUAAUUGUCCUGGGCAUCAACAUUGUCCCAUACAACGUGCCGAACUAUAUGCACAAUGGUAUCGUUUUUGCUCUUUUUUCAAAGUUCAUAUGGAAACUCAUGUUGAUCCAUACAUCGUUCAUCUUGUCCGCGUAUGUUUUCAUUUUUUUCAUUUUUUCAAGCUUCAAUUGUACAAGUUUUUAGCUUGCACGCGAACGCGGUGAUUAUCAAAUGCCGUGCAUGAUAUAUUUUUGCUUCAACCUUGAUGUUUGUGAGAAAUCGUUGUUUGAUCAACUUUUAACAAAAGAAGAGUUGUAUUACAGACUCGUUGCUGUAAGUUAAUUCUGAAAUUGUUCUAGAUUUAUGAAUAAUUUAAUAGAUUUUCGGCGAUACUGCCAAAAAUCGAUCAGGAAAAAUAUGACACUAGUGUGACAUUCAGAGGCGCCGAAGCGGUAAAUUCCGAAGCGCGUCUUCAAGAAAGCCUAUUUAGAACCAGCUCGUAAAAAUUUUCGUAUCAAUUUUUGAUGCCUGGGAGCUGAAAAGGUGUCAUUUUCUCGAGUGAUGCGUUUUAUUUCGCACUAGGAAAUGUCAGCUCCCAGGCAUAACAGUCUCCUUUUUUGAAAGACAUCGUUUUCUAAUAACUUCAAAAUUCUCUCCAAGCAUUUCUAAUCGGAUUGAUGGUCAUUUCUUGUGUCAGAAAUGAUCAAGUGUAUUAUUAUAUGCAUAGGUAACCAACAUAAUGUUUGUACAGAUCGACUCAUCUCCAAAAACUGAUCAACAAUUGGAGUUUAUGGUAGCGGAUGGCAGACAAUUGAAACAAGUAAGUCCUAUGACUCAACAACUAAGUUAUUGCCGACAGUUUGAUUUUAAAACACCAUGAAAUAUUUUUUACAGUUCUUGAAACUACAUGGAGAAUCUCUGAAAGAACAUAGACUGAAGGUACUUUCCUCUUUCCUUAAAAACCGUUAUCUUAACAAACAAUUUUUUUCAGCCAGUUGAUGAGUUUGGCAACGUUCCUCCCGAGUGUUUUCAAUAUCAAAAUGAUACUGAACCAAGAAAAACAUGCUAUAACAUAUCGAUUGGAACAGUGAUAAAAGAGUGCAUAAUCAUGCCUAUGUUUAAUGGUAACAACAGAGAAAAAACAUAUACACGCAAAAAAGAGUUUGCUUUCAGAAUGGAAACAAAAUUCACAAGCAUCAGAAAGUUAUGAAGAAGCUGCUUCAACUUCUGCGGAGUCAGACUCAUCAUCAACAACUAUUGUUGCAGCUCAAGACAAAUCUCAGGUUCGUUUUUUUGUGGUUUCCAUAUAUGGUCGGUAUUAUUCGGCAUACCUGUCAUUUCAAUAUCAGGAGGUUAACUAUAGGUGGCCGCCGCCAAUCUCAAAAUUUGAGGGUACUGAAAAAUAUGAAGCCCGUUCUAAAAACACUUCAAGUUCAGAAAUUAGGGUUAGCUUCAGCUAGACUGAAAAACUGAAAAAAUCUGGAAAAAACCCUAUGUUUUAUUUCUUAACCGAGUCACAGUCUUCUCAUCAAUUUUUUUCCAGCUUGAGGACUUUGAAUUUGUGUUUGAAGAAGAUCUCCCCGAGAAUCAAGGAAGUUCUAAUGGAAAUGUACCUAUGGUUGGUUUUUCAAAAUUCUUAUCCUAUAAAAAACAAUUUAUUUUUUAGCCAAACAACAAUGUACCAGUAUUUCAACAAGAUGUUGUGGAAAAUGUUGAAAUGCGAUAUGUUCAAAUGAGAACAUUGGCCGAUAAUCAGGUGAUUAUUUUGAGUGAAUUAAAAAAUCAGCAAUAGUGUAAAUGUUUGUAAAUUUUGAAACAAACAGUAGCAAUUCAUAUAGAAACUAUAAAGACAAUCUUCUUUGUUUUCAGCCCAAAAAAACCUGAUAAUGAAAAUUAUUGAUUACUUUUUCAGAUAACCCCAAUGCCAUUUUUUCGAAAUGUCACAGGAUAUGUCGAUUUUCAGAAUUUUUCCAACGGAAACAUUCCAAUGGUAAAUUAAAUUGUGUAUCUUAAUAAAAGUCAAUGAAAAACUGAUAAUUUUCAGCCAAAUGAUUUUCAAGUUGGUGCUCCAUCAAACGUGCAAUAUGCUUUCAACGUAACUGAAGCGGUUGGUUAAAAUAGAAAGAAUUUUUGAAACUAUGUUUAACUAACAAUUAACUUUGAAAAACACGGGAAUUCCAAACAUGUUACUUAUAUUUUUUAAAAUAGUCAGACUCCCGUUUAUAUUUCUAGCUAAGUUCAGAUCCAUAGUUAAUUAUAGUAAAUCAUUUUCUGGACAUUGAAUAAUCUUAUCAAUUAAUCAAUUCGAGAAUUUCUAAACAAUGUUCAAUGUUUAUAAAAAACAACAUUUUCAGCGCGAAGAUUUGACAAGAAGCCUUGGUAUAAACAUACAGGAAUUUGCCCACAACAAUUUCAAUGCACAGUUUGUAAUGGUUGGUUGUUUUAGGAUCUUCAUAGAAAUAAUUGAGUUUUUCCAGCCAAACAACUCUCAACAAAUGGGUCAACCAUAUGAAAAUGCUCAAAACGUAUUUGGCGGAAACAUUCCACAGGUUGGCUAUUUCAGAGAUUUUCUUAAUGUUAGAAAUGAUUUUUCUUCAGCAAAAUGUUGUUCCACCUGUAAAUGUUAUUCCACCUGCGGCCCAAUCAGCUACCUUUGAAACUGAUUGGUACAAAGCAUGCAGCAAUGUCUGUACAGAAACGACUACAUUUAUUGAUCAGGUAAGAAGAAGUUCCAAAGUAGAUGGUCUCAAAUUAUUUAUUGAUUAUUUAUAGGUUCAAAGUCCUUUACCAUCAAUCAGGAAUAUUAACUAUUCAGAAGUGAGUUUGCAAAGUUUUCGAUAUUUUUCAGAUUUUUGAAAGUUUCACUCCAAUUAGUUAUAAUUUUAAUUGAGAAAACUUCAUUCAAAAUCAAUGUAUUGAUCAAAUCAUGAACGCACUCUUAAACACAGUGUGUUAUAUACAAUAAGUAAUUUAAAUUUCAGGCGAUCGGCAAUAAAACAAAACCAAGUGAUCUUUAUAUCCUGUGUAAAUUAAAUCAACUUGGUAUUAACAUUAACACAAUUGAGCUGUUCAAUGUUUAUGCCACCAAGAGAAAAGCAUAUGAGGAAUUGGCCGAGAAAUAUCGCAAGGUUUGUUUUUUAUUGUUUUCUUCUAGAAUCACUUGAUUUUUAGGAAAAAAAAGAAACUGAAAAGCUGCUUGCUGAAUACAAACUUGAGCUGCAAAAGAGGCGUGAAGCGGAUGAUGUAAUGCCGGGUCUUAUAAAGGUUUGUCAUUUUUGGAUAAAUUUUCAUUUUAUGAAUAUUCUAUUGUAUUUUUCAGAUGACUCCUAAUAAAGGAAACAACAGGAAAGUUCAAAAGAAGAAGAAGUGA